AUGUUCCGCUCUCGGGUGUUCCUCAAACCUGCUCGGACGCUGGUAUUUUCUCGCACAUACGCCACUGCCAAUUCUCCUCAUGCUCUAGUCUUCAUUGAACAUCACGGCGGUGUCAUUGAGUCGGGAUCGCUUUCGGCCCUAUCUGCCGCAAGCCAGCUGGGUGGGAAUGUCACUGGGCUGAUCAUCGGGGCGCCCAACGAAGUCAAACAAGCUGCCGAAAAGGCCAGGAAGCUCAAGGGACUUACAAAACUAUUGCACUCAAGCUCCGAACAAUACGUUCCCGCACUUCCAGAAACCGUCUCACCUCUUUUGAAGCAGAUACUUGGAAAGGAUUCGCCAUUUACGCAUGUCGUCUCUUCGCAUUCUUCAUUAGCACGGUCAAUUCUUCCUCGCGUCGCUGGCGCACUAGAUGCCACCGCUGUCUCUGACGUCACUUCUGUCGAACACAACUCGAGUGACGGUACCACUACUUUCACGCGGCCCAUCUACGCUGGUAAUGCAAUUGCCACCGUAAAAACUCCUGCAGCACCACUUCCGACGUUCUUCACCGUUCGUUCAACUGCAUUCGACGCUGUACCUGCUGCAGAGGUGGAGGUUGAAUCCGAAGAAGUCGCACCAGUCAGCGUCUCUAACCCCGGAGUUGAACAUAUCCGUACAGAGCUUACAAAAAGUGAUAGACCGGAACUCGGCGCGGCAAGUCGUGUAGUAUCCGGUGGACGUGCGUUGAAGAAUGCAGAAACCUUUAAGGCGACCCUUGAGCCGCUUGCGGACGUGCUGGGCGCGGCGAUUGGUGCUUCCCGUGCAGCAGUGGACGCGGGCUACGCGGACAACUCGCUUCAGGUAGGUCAAACCGGAAAGGUUGUAGCACCGGAAUUGUACAUGGCCAUCGGUAUCUCUGGUGCAAUUCAACAUCUCGCUGGGAUGAAAGACUCAAAGAUGAUUGUUGCGAUCAAUAAGGACGAGGAUGCGCCUAUCUUCCAGGUAGCCGACGUAGGCCUUGUUGCAGACUUGUAUGACGCAGUCCCGGAACUUGUAGAGAAACUCAAAGAAUAA